AUGGUGCUCGCUACAUCGCUCAGCGCCCUGCUGUUGGCUGGCUUUGCUGCUGCGAGGACCUGCUCGAAUUUCUCCAUACCUAUCGAGAUAUCGUCACGACAAGGAGUUUUUCCCGAUAUCCCCGCUGAAUCCAACCUCGAAGUGACUGACUUUGCGCAAAAAUUCAGCCAACAAGGACGCAACUAUUCAGCGACGAUUCUGAAAGGAUAUGCAACGGUGCAGGGGAAAUAUCAGAUCUCAGCGAAAUACUGCCAGCCUGACAGUGGAAAAGGUUCCACCAUACAGAUACUGUCUCAUGGCAUUGGCUUCGACAAGACUUACUGGGAUCUUUCUUACAACAACUACAACUAUAGCUAUGCCAAAGUAGCGAACGCGGCUGGAUACAGCACCCUUGCUAUCGAUCGUUUGGGUAUCGGCAACUCAUCGCAUGGCGACCCGAUCAAUGAAAUCCAAGCCCAGCUCGAAGUGGAGGCCUUGAACGCUGUCACCACCAUGCUGCGAGCCGGAAAGAUUCCAGAAAUCAAAAACCACUACAGCAAGGUUAUCCACGUUGGUCAUUCAUUUGGCUCGAUCCAGUCUUACUGGUUGUCGGCGUUGUAUCCAAACAACACCGAUGGUCUAGUCCUCACCGGUUUCUCCGUAAACGGCACUUUCCUACCCUCCCAGACUGUUCCGGCUUGGAACUUGCACAGCGCGCGCUUGAAUCAGCCUCUUCGCCUUGGGAAUGCAUCGAUUAAAGAGCUACAGUCGAUGUCUAAUGGCUCGCUAAAGAACAGCAGCCUCAUCCAAGUUCUCCAGACGUUGCUGAAGAGUGGUGGUGUUGCCGUCUCGACUGACGACAUUUGGAAUGAUAUCGCAACUACCGAGGUCGACGACAUCAUCAACGGGUGGAAUGUGACUGGCGAGCAACGCCUUGACUACCCAAGCGGCUACCUCACUCACAGUGAUCUCACCGCUAACCAAUUUGUCUUCCUCCGUUAUGGCGCCUACGACAUCGGCCUCGGAGUCGUUACAGAGCAGACCAAGCAGCCCGUCACAAUUGGCGAAAUUCUCACGGCCGGUUCAGCUCCCAUGAUGUCUUCGUUUGGUGGUCCUGUAAUCAUCUUCACCGGAGAGUUUGAUGAGCCAUUCUGUGGAUUAGACUGCUACGCCACUGGUGGAGCUGCGCCUAGCAUCCCGGCCCAGGCUCAGCAAGGUUUUCCGAAUGCGAAAGCGUUUGAAGCAUAUAUUCAGCCAAACAGCGGACACGGAAUCAAUGCGCAUUACAAUUCCACGGCUGGGAAUGAGUAUGUGCAGAAGUGGCUGGCAGCGAAUGGAUUGGGCGCUCGAAUGGCAGAGUACGACAUGACAGCUGGCCAUUAG